AUUGCGAAAGUAAUAUUGUAGUUCGUACAGGGCUGAAUCUUGGAUGUUCACCUUUUUGGUUUGAGAAACGUUCAUAGCUUAUAAGUUAUAAGAGAGCACUGCCCAUUUCAUUGAUGUACAUGCACAUCCAGGAGGUUUGCUUGAAAAUGCCCAUCAAGCCAAGGUUAAAAGGAUGUCAUGCGCAGAAAAGACGUUAUCCAUGAAAUGAGAUAGAGAUCUAUCCCAAGAUAUUUUAUGAUGUCAUUGUCAAGAAUGUGUGUUAUCCGACCAUGUGUUGGGAAAUAAAAGUGAUCCUGGUUGGGUGAAUAUGACAUCAUGAGUGGACGUUAUCCAUGUAAUAGCGACCCUGGACUGGAUCCACGCUAUACAGGGCGCCCUCAAUCUCCCGACCUUGAAGAACUCCGAGCCAUUCAACGUGGCUACAGCUCACCGACCGGUGCUCGUCAUGACAUCCGUCAACCGGCCGGACCGCCUCCAAUACCGGAAGCCUACUACAGGAACUUUGGGCACAUCCCGGCAACGAUCCAAGCUCCCGUCAGGAUGACCUUCACCCAGAGUGACGACCAGUGCCAUCCCUCGGCAGAUCCCAUGCCGGUGUUAAGGACUGCAAAUAGGGGCGCGGAUUCGCCCCUUCCCAGUGGAUAUGACUAUCAUUUUGAACCGCCUUUAGAUCCCAAGUAUGAAUGCCCUAUUUGUUUAAUGUGUCUGAAGGAUCCUGUACAGACAGAGUGUGGACAUCGAUUCUGCUCAGAAUGCAUUAGAACUUGUCUCAGGAAUGCUGGUCGCUGCCCAGUUGAUAAUGUACCACUUACAGAAGCACAGGUGAGAUAAUGAUUUUUUUUCCACUAUUUUUUUCAAGGUCAAUCAGAUUAACCGAUUGCCUACUGGAACCAGGGGAGCAUUUCAUCAACAUUUUUGUCAGACAAAUCAAGUCUGACAACUGUCCUCAAUUUUUAUUGGCACUGUUAACUAUGGUAAUCGCUGGAUGAAAUGAGACUUGUCCGAUAAAGCAUCCAACAUGUCCUUUCAUAGGGGUAAUCAAGUAUCACUGACAAGUCUUUAUAGGUCACAUGAUCAAGGUCAAAUGUCAUUUAGGGUCAAUGAACGUAGUAUUGUAUCAUUAUAUGAAUGGUGUUUUUUGUGAAUAAUUAUUUUAUAGUAGUUUUCAAAGUCGGCACUACAUGUAUAUUGAAUGGCGUAAUGCAGGUGAGACUGCUAGAGACGCUCCUCUAGUUAAAGUCUAAAUGGGACAAUUACAUGUACAUUUAAUUUUUCAACGGAUUAUUUCUAUUGCCUCCUGGAACUGGGUGAUCCCUGUACUGUACAACGCCUAUGGGAAUUACAGAAUUCAAUAGUCAACAUGAUAACCCAUUACCUACUGGAACCGGGUGAUGGUACAAAGGCUAUGGGCACUACAGAAUUCAGUAAUCGGCAGGUUAACCCAUUGCCUGUUGGAACCAGGUGAUCCCUGUACAAAGCCUAUAGGAAUCACAGAAUCCGGUAGUCAACAGGUUAACACAUUGUCUGUUGAAAGCAGGUAAUUCCAGCACAAAGUAUAUGGAAAUUGAAUCCAGUUCAAUGGAUUUAGUUGCAUAAUUUGCUAUCAAUCAGAAUGAUUAUAGAAACAAUGGUGCGUUUAUCUCCUAAUCAUGCGAUUGAAAAGUAGAUUCAGAACCUUUUUCCGACCUGUACCGGUAAUUAUUAAAUUGCCAAACGAUUAGUUUUACAUCAGAAACUUUCAAAUCUAAACCGGAAAGAAAAGGGACUUUCCCAAGGAUGACAAUUGCGCAUAGAUUGAAAGAACUGAAAGAGGAUUUACGAUGAACAAUUGAACAUAAAAAGUACAAAUGUACACCAGACAGAGAAAUGAGUUUGCAUACAUUUCAAGAACUGUACAGUGUAGACCACUUUUAAUAGCAAAUAGAUGCAAACUUUACCCUCUUAUUGACCUUCAGCUAAAUUGCCCCUUUUCUUGUUAGCAAAAAUUUAUUUUUUUUAAAUAUGAGUCUCUUUUCCAAGUUAACAAUGGUGUACAUCAGGUUGAAAAUCAUAUGAUUUGAAUAGAUAGAGUAAAAUCAGACAAACAAAAUACUGAAAAUAUCAUAAAACGUCUGUAAGGAAUAUCUCGGCAUGACAAUUCCAAGUUUUGUGUUAUCUUUGUGAAAAAAGUUAUAUGCAUGUUCUCUGGAAAAUUCAAUGAGCGUGUUGAUGAUGUCAUACAGUGUAUCCACACUUACUUUAUUCUUCGUAUUUUAAUUUUUAUGUGAAGAAAUUAUUUGAGUCAAUUUCAAAGUUUACCCUCCAAUAAUGUAAAAAUAGGAUUGAUUAUUACUGAGUUACUGUGUAAUGCUAAAACCUAUUUUAAUAUGAGGGAGACACGUUUAUGUUUUAUGUACGCAAGUGUACUUUAAUACGAAAUUAUGAAAUAAUUUUUAUUAUGAUAAAAUAAGAAAAAGGAAAAUGGGACAUGACAUCAUUAACCCACAAUAUGUUUUUAAUUAACCAAGGAACUAGGUUUUUGAAAAUAUGUAUAUGGGCCAAUUUCAUGAAACUUUGACAUUAGGGUAAUUAAGCAUCACUGAUUGUCUCUCGUGAGUUUUAGGUUACAUGUACAUGAUCAAGGUCAAAGGUCAUUUCGGUGAAUGAACUUUGAUCGUGUGGGGUAUCAACUUUGAUAUUGUAGCAAAGGUAAAGAUUUGGAAUUUUCAAUAUAAUUUUGUAGGUAAACGUUCCUAUAAAAAAAAAAGAACUUACAUAUAUUAUGAUGGUAGUCAAGUAUCUGCAAAUAAACGAAUAUAGGUCACUACCAGGCAAAGGUCAAAGGUUAUGUCAGUGUAGCAGUCAAUAAACUAUCGUAAUCGACUUUACAAAACUAACCAAAAGUUUAGAUUUAGAAUUUUCAAGAUAAUUUUGAAUUAUUAGUCAGUAGAUUAUACAUAUAACGGUUAACAGAUGAAUAAGAAAAUGUUUUUUUUAAUACUGGGUCAAGAUCAAAAGUCCUUUCAGAUCAAUUAUUUGAAUGAGAAUGAACAUUCUGAUGAUUAUUAAAAAAUAAUCUAGUAAAAGUUGUUUGCGAUUGUUAUUUGAUAUCACAAAAAAUGCAUGCAUAUAUAUAAAGGCCUAGUUGUUUUCAAAGCCAGUACUGCUGCACUGGGAAUUGUGUAAAGCAGGCGAGAGACUUCCAGAGGUGUUCUAUGUGUGAAAAUUGUUACCAAAAUUUAAAACUCAAUAUAUAUGGUCCUUUUCACGGUCAAGGGUGUAACUUUCAAAAUUCAAGAUCAAAAUUUCAAAAUGGACUUUCUUAAACAUUUCUAAUAAAAACAGGUCAAUAAAUGUCUAAAUUCUUCAUUUCUGUCUGUUCUGGAGCUUAAUCUACUUGAGAAACCUCAAAAAAAUUAUGUGCAACUGUGAAAAAUGAGAAAAAUUGAAUAAAAUCAGCCUUUUGAUUUCAUUACCAAAAUUACAAAUUUUUUCGUGGAAAACAUUUUCAUUUGCACUUUUUCAUUCACAAAUUAAAUGUUCUUUGAGGUUUUAAAAGUUUUGGAGUCAAAGUUUAUUAGUUUUCUAAAAAUUUCUAUGAGUUUUUGAAAUUUAUCACAAAUUUGGAUUUUGACAACAAAGUGUUUAAAAUUACAUGUCUUCCAAGAGGAAGAGGAAAGCAAAAAUUAUUGUACAUUUACUUCUCCAUGAAGGUUAAUUACUAACACAAAUCCCAUGGAAAUCAGAUACCAAAUAAGAAAGUUGGAAAUUUCUCCCAAGUGUGUUUCGGAGGCUUCAGUUAACAAAAAUAUGUGUUUCGGAGACUUCAGUCAUGUUAGCACUAUGAAAGUCCCUUAUUUAAGUUGAUUACUUUUACAAAUCUAUCUUUUUCAAAUUGGCAUAUCAGUAUAAGACUGAAUGUAAACAAAAUCAAACAAACUAAUGUCUCGUGACUGGGAAAAUGUAAUUCACGAAUGUUAACUACUGCACAAAGACAUCAUAUUUCAAUGCCUUGGUGCCAAGAUAGGUAAUUGUUCAGCUUUAAAGGGAAUAUAGUAAUAGAAGUACAUCUCAUAC